AUGACAUCUUUAUCUGCAAAAUCCAUUCUUUCUCCCUUCUUCACAAACCCAGAAAAAAUCCCCAACACCAAAUCAAACCCUUUUCACCUAAACCUCAAAAAACACAUCUCCCACAAAAACCCACAAAAAAUUUCAAGCAUUUUCUUCAGUCCCACAUCGAAAAGCCCGAGCCCGAAAGCCCCCCCACUUUCUUGCCUCACAAUAAACCAACCCUUCACGGCACAGCCCUCGAGCGUCUCGCAAAAGGUCCAAAGUUUGGAUUUUGAGUUCAAAUCCCUCACUAAACCCGUCGAUAAGGUCAAGAGAUUGCUGCACUACGCCGCGAUUUUGCCCCCAUUUGACGAGUCUUCAAGAACCCUAGAAAAUCGGGUUUCGGGCUGUACGGCCCGGGUCUGGCUCGAGGCGAAGAUGGACGAAAGUGGGGCCAUGAGGUUCCGCUUGGACAGUGACUCGGAGAUUACUAAAGGGUUCUGUUCUUGUUUGAUAUGGGCCCUCGAUGGGGCCCGGCCCGAGGACGUGCUGAGCGUGAAAACAGAGGAUCUGUUGGAGAUGAACGUCGGGCUGGCGGGUCGGGUCAGGUCGAGGGUCAACCCGUGGCAAAAUGUGUUGUUUGCUGGAUAG